AUGAUGGCUUCAAGUAAUCAGGCUGAUGAGCCAAAAUGGAGCGAAAAUUUAAAUAUGCAAGUCAUGUGUCAGGACUGUAAAGAGGUUCCACCAAACUUGGUAGAGGAAUUCUCAUCUGGCGAUAUGGUCUGUGGCUCUUGUGGGCUAGUUCUCGGUGAUCGUAUUGUAGACACACGUUCUGAAUGGCGCACAUUUUCCAAUGAUGAUCAAGGAAAUGAUGAUCCCUCACGUGUUGGCGAUGGUCCAAAUAUUCUACUCAAUGGAUCCCAACUUCAAACAUCCAUUGCAUUCAGCGAAGGGGGUAACGCUCGAGAUCUUCUUCGAGCUCACAACAAGAAUGCCGUCGAUAAAUCGACCAAAGGUCUUCUCGCUGCGUACAAGGAGAUUGGUGCACACUGUGAUGCUAUAUCGGCGCCAAAGUUAGUCACUGACUAUGCUAAGCUGCUAUACAAGCAAGUCGACGAUGCCAAAGCUUUCAAGGGCAAGUCUCAGGAAGCAAUUAUUGCUGGUUGUAUUUUUAUUGCCUGUCGUAAAGGAGACGCUCCAAGAACUUUCCGGGAAAUUUAUGCACUAACAAAAGUAUCUAAAAAGGAAAUUGGGCGAACAUUCAAAGCACUUGAAAAGUUUUUUGCCUCCGAUACACAAAAAAUUGCUUUGGCUAAAAUAUCCUUACCUGACUACCACACUACUGGAAUGACAGCUGCAAGUAGCCUCUGCGAACGUUUCUGCAGUCAACUUGGUCUUGAUUUCCAGUUUGUGAAGAUCUCUGGUCAACUUGCUGAUAAGAUAUCCACCGUCGGUGACCUCGCCGGGCGUUCGCCCUUAUCGGUUGCUGCUGCAUGUAUCUACAUGAUAUCUCACUUGAUGUAUAAGCCUAAGAGUCCUAAAGAAAUCGCCGAAGUGGCCGGUGUUAGCGACGGCACUAUCCGGACAGCCUACAAAUACUUGUUCCAGGAGCGUGAGCGACUCGUUGAACCCGAGUGGGUCAUGAACGGCAAAGGUAACAUCGAAAAUCUUCCUAUUGGUUAG